CGCAAUAUAUAAAGCUUCUGAAAUCAAACUUUCAGCACAACACUGGACCACUGCACCGAACCUGAACAAAAUGAAGAUCGCUAUUUGCGUUUUGAUUGCCAUCUGUAGCUCUGUGAGCGCACUCUCGAAAGGGGGAUACGGAGGCGGAUACGGAGGCGGAUAUGGAGGCGGCAGACGUGGAUACGGUGGAGGUGGAUAUGGAGGAUAUGGUGGAUACGGUGGUGGUUUAGGAGGAUUCGGUGGUGGUUUAGGAGGAUUCGGAGGCAGUUUAGGAGGAGUCGGAGGUGGUUUAGGAGGAUUCGGAGGCGGUUUAGGAGGUGGGUUAGGAGGAUACGGUGGUGGUUACGGAAGAGGAAGAUACGUAGGAUAUGGACAAGUCUUUGUUGUCAGAGGGGGAGGGUAUGGUGGUUACGGAGGUGGACUUGGAGGCGGGUUUGGUGGAUAUGGAGGAUAUGGUGGUUAUGGAGGAGGUCUUGGAGGUGGUCUCGGAGGAGGUCUCGGAGGAGGUCUCGGAGGAGGUUUUGGAGGAGGUCUCGGUGGUUAUGGAGGAUAUGGUGGAUACGGACAAGGACUCGGUGGUGGUCUCGGAGGAGGUCUCGGAGGAGGUUUUGGCGGAGGUCGCGGAGGAUAUGGUGGUUAUGGUGGUUCCGGUGGUUAUAAAUACGGAAAGGGCAAAGGAUAUUGAAAGCUGAUUCUUACCCAAAACAGACUGAUAUUACCCAAAACGGACAACGAAUGAUUUAAUUUUACAUUUCUGUUAUAAUAUAUAAUCGUUGCAUUCAU